AUGAGGCGAGAAGAGGAGGAAGAGGAGGGAACCAGGAUGAAGGCAAAGGGGGACCUAGAGAUGAAGGAGGAGGAGGAGAUCAGUGAGACAGGGGAACUGGUUGGCCCUUUUGCAAGUGCUGUGCCCUCUCCAAUGCCCCACAACAAGGGGACCCGGUUUUCUGAGGCGUGGGAGUACUUCCACCUGGCCCCUGCUCGUGCUGGGCACCACCCCAACCAGUUUGCCACCUGCCGCCUGUGUGGACGGCAGGUGAGCCGUGGCCCUGGGGUCAAUGUGGGCACUACAGCUCUGUGGAAGCAUCUGAAAAGCAUGCACAGAGAGGAGCUGGAGAAGAGUGGCCAUGGUCAGGCAGGGCAGCGCCAGGACCCAAGGCCUCAAGGGCCCCAGCUCCCCGUGGGCAUCGAGGGUGACUGGGGCAGGCUGCUGGAGCAGGUGGGUGCUCUGGCUUUAUGGGCCAGCCACAGGGAAAAGGAGGUGCUUAGGAGGGAGAGGGUUGUGGAAUGGCGGGAGAGAGCUGUGGAAAGGAGGGAGCGAGCCCUGGAGGAGGUGGAAAGGGCCAUCCUGGAGAUGAAGUGGAAGGUGAGGGCUGAGAAGGAGGCAUGCCAGCAGGAGAAAGACCUGCCUGCAGCAGCACAUCCCUUCCAUUUUGUUUAA